UGACACUGUGUAACAGAGCUGUGGCACCAUUACAGGGUGUGAAAUCUCUGCUGGAAAACACACAUUUGGAGUAUUGAAGGAGUCAAAGGAAGGACAGUAUAACUUGGUGAGUCUUGCUUUUAAAAGACAAUUCAGAUACCAAGACAAAUGGCUGAGAAAAUCACACUCUUAGAAAGUUUCCUGAACUGCCACGUGUGUUCAGAGACUUUCAGAGAUCCCGUGUCUCUGAGCUGCAACCACAGAUUCUGUUCAAGCUGCCUGCAAAAAUUCUGGGAACAAGCUAAAAACAAAAACUGUCCCAUCUGUAAGAGAAAAUCCUCAAGAGAUAACCUGACAGUGGACUUUGCACUGAAGGAACUGGCUGACUCCUUUGCUGGGAGACAGAAAGCUGGAUCAUGUGAGACAGAGAAAGGAGACAGGAAGGUAGAGGUGGUGUGUAGUAAACAUCAAGAAGAGCCUAAAUUGUUCUGUAAGGAUGAAGAUAGAGUUGUGUGUACUGUCUGUGAGUUUUCUCUCCACCACAGUCACAAGGUGGUUCCUAUUGAACAAGCAGUCAGUGACCUGAAGGACCAGCUGAGAUCUGACUUAAAGUCUCUACAGGACAAGAGGGACAAACAUGAGAAAGUGAAGAAUACAUAUGAUGAGGUGAUUCAACACUCCAAGAAACAGGUGUUGUCCACAGAGAGGCAGAUCACAGCAGAGUUCAACAAGCUCCACCAGUUCCUGAGAGAGGAAGAGGAGUCCAGACUGGCUGCUCUGAGGGAGGAAGAGGAGCAGAAGGCAAAGCCUAUCAGCAGAGAGAUGAAGAGGAUUCAGCAGCAGAUCUCCUCUCUGUCAGACUGCAUCUCUGCUGUUGAAGAAGAGCUGCAGAAACACAACAUGUCAUUCCUCAGCAGUUAUAAAGCCACUCAGAGCAGAGCCAGAGUCCAGAGCUCACUGUCAGAUCCACAGCUGGUCUCAGGAGCACUGGUAGAUGUGGCCAAACAUCUGGGCAACCUGUCCUUCAGUGUCUGGGAGAAGAUGAAGGAGGAGGUCCACUUCAGUCCCGUCAUUCUGGACCCAAACACUGCUGCCCCCUGGCUCCAUCUGUCUGAUGAUCUGACCAGUGUGAGAAAUGACACAAAGCAGCAGCUUCCUGACAAUCCAGAGAGACACACUAGAUAUAACAUGGUUCUGGGCUCUGAGGGCUUCAGCUCAGGGAAACACAGCUGGGAGGUGGAGGUGGGAGACCAUCCUAACUGGUGUUUGGGUGUGGCCAAAGAAUCAGUUGACAAGAAGGGAGAGAUAUGUGUGGCACCAGAUUAUGGAAUCUGGUGUAUUAUGCAUCGUGAUGGAAAGUACUAUAAUGGUAUUAGUAAGACUGUCACAGUGAAGAAGAGUCUCCCAAGGAUCAGAGUCCAGCUGGACUAUGACAGGGGGGAGGUGUCCUUCUUCAACCCUGAAGACAACGCUCUCAUCUACACUCACAGAGACACUUUCACUGAGAAACUCCUCCCAUUUUUCAGUGUUGGAAAUGCUGGUGAUGCCAAAACUGCUACUGUUAAAAUCUCUCAUAGUGAUGUUUCUCUGUGAUGUUCAGGAAUGUUAGUGUAGACUUUACUGUGACUUCACUGUGUGUAAUAAUGUACUCAGUACUCAGUCUGCAUUACAUCAUCAGGUUAUAAAC